AUGGGCGGUCCCUACCUGUUCACGGCCAUUGUGACCCUCCUCUCCGUCCUGGGGCUGCACUCUGCCGUGGCUCAGAAUUCCUGUGGGACUGAUCAAAAUCCAUAUUGCGCAGGCGACAGCACAUUCGAACAAAUCUGCUGUCCUUAUCCCAAUGUUUGUUAUUGGCAAAACCGCAAUGGCGAACCAGGUUGCUGCCCGGCUGGUCAAGUCUGCGAUGGCUCUUCUUAUUAUCCCCCGACCCCUCAACCAACGCCCACCCUUCAAACAACUACACUACAUCCCUCUACUAUCACUAUAACGCCAACUCCUGCCUCCCCGCCCUCGACUACUGUUGUUACUGGCGGAGGUAUUAUCAUCAUCACCACCGUUCCUAACAGCGGUGUUACUGUCAUUACUACCCCCAACAGCGUUGUCACCAUCACCACGAUCUAUGGCGGGCCAUGCGGUGGCGGUGUGUGCUCAACCGUGACCUCUGGAGUGGGCGGUGUCUAUUCCACCUUUACUUCAGUGGUGAGUGGAGCAUUCUCCACGGUUACUUCUGGUGUUGCCAGCGCAUAUUCCACUGUCUCUGGGGUCUUGGUUGGUUCCAGCGGUGUUCCCAGGUCGAGUCCUAUCUCGACGUUUGCACACUUCAUGGCUACUUUGUUUGUGCUCGUGGGCAACCUGCUGGGAUAA